AUGAAGCUCAAGAUCGUCGCCUCCUUGGCGAUGGUGGCUUCUGCCGUCGCGCAAGGUGUGACCGAGAAGAUUGCACCCGAGGGCGACGCUCCCAGCGGUUGCAGACCCAACUUUGACGGCCCGUUCCAGAUCACGGUCGUCCCGCUGACUGACAAAGCCAAGAGGGACUUGGCUCUCGAGACCCGCGCCACUUGCUCCGGUGAAGGCACCCUGGUCCUGCGCCUGUCCGACGGCGUCUUGACCGACGCCCAGGAGCGCACGGGCUACAUCGCCUCCAACUACCAGUUCCAGUUCGACGGCCCGCCGCAGGCCGGGGCCAUUUACACGGCCGGCUUCACCGCCUGCGCCAACGGCUCGCUCGCCCUCGGCGACUCGGCCGUCUUCUGGCAGUGCGCCUCGGGCACCUUCUACAACCUGUACGACCGCUGGUCCGCCGAGCAGUGCUCCCCCGUCGACAUCGUCGUACUCCCCUGCGGCGGCGACGCCGGCGCCGGCAGCCAGGAGGGCCAGAACACGGUCGGCGGUCAGGUCAUCACCACCACCGUCGUCGUGCCCCUCAGCGACGGCCAGCCGCAGGUCAUCACGACCACGACAGUCAUCCCCAUCUGCCAGAUCGACGACGGUGCGUUCCCUCCUCACACUCCACGUCCCAUCCUCCCACUUUUUU